AUGUCGCCUUCCGUUUACUACACUACUCAACGCUCCCAAGAACUCGACGACGAGCACUCUAUGCUUCUACACUUCCUACCCACUGCGAGCAAGACUAGCACCCGCGCCAUGCCAUCGUCGUACCCUUCGUCUUACUCUUCGUCUUUUGGCAAAGGUUAUACUAGAGCUGGCCCCGUCAACCUGUGCGACGAUCCCUUCCUGGAGAGCGACUCCCCCGUCUGGAUCGAUUUAAUCGUCAUACCAGCCAACCAAACCGGAAGCACUCCGUUCACGACUAAACGCGACGCACACUGGUGUCUCUCUUGGGAACUUCCCCACGAACAUGGAUAUUCUUAUAGUAGGAAGGCACGCCCGCAGCGUCGAUUGCACAACGCCGAAGACGCCUUGUUUAACUCUGAGAUCGGGUGUUCGAAAAUUGACGAAGAUAUACGCCGUGGUCCUAUCACCCAAGUGGUUCACGGAAUCAAGGAGAUGUCGCGCAAAGACCGAGAGGUCUUAAAGGAUAUCGCGGAGGCCGUUCCUUUACAAGGCUCGGCUUGUCGCUGCCAGGAUUGGUGCAUUGCUGUUUUGGAGGAAGCACAGAAGCAAGGAAUCUUCACCAAGCAGGAGGAGGACGAUAAUGCCGACGACACAGAGUACGGGAUGCUGCAGCUAGAAUCCUUGCUAGCGAUGUGCUAUGGAAUAGCUGGAAUCUCCUUUGUCUUCGUUUUCGAACUCGAACUAGUCGAAAUCAUCAGAGUCAUCGGAAUCAUCAGAAUCAAUUACCUCCUCAUCACAAUCCCAGUCGAUCCCCGCUCGCAACCUCAGUCUACGGGCGGCAGUUCAUCGUCUAGGAGGGACGACUCCCCCUCGACGACGCUGCGUCUUUGA